UUUGGUGAGCUUGGCGGAGAUGCGUCUCCCGCGGGAUCGUGGAGACACACCUGACGCCGCGCAGUUCUCUAAAACGGUCGGGAGAACCAAGAAAGGGAACCUCCUGGGACUAAACUAAGGGUCUAGCACGUGUCCAGAAGGGUUUUGUGAGUGCUUUGUGGCACUGUGACUUCCUAUCCGUUGCCAAAGAUGUAUAUGCAGGUUGAAAGUCAUUCAAACACACGCCUUCACUUAAAGAGAUCCCCGGGUAUCAGAUCUUGGUCUAUCCUUGUAGGGAUCUCUUCCUUUGGCAUAGCUGCUGCUUAUUAUAGUGAAGAUAGCCUGGGAUGGAAACUCUUUUAUCUUGUUGGCUGUCUUUUUGUAGCUGCACAAAACCUGGAUGAGUGGGAAGAAGCUAUAUUUGAGAAAGAUGCAGGAAAGGUUUACUUAAAAUCAUUCAGCCUUUACAAAAAGCUGUUGACCUUUUCAAGAGCUGGCCACGAACAAGUGGUUGUUCCAUUGGAUGAAAUACAAGCUGUGAAUGUAGAAGAACUGAAGGUUCGUUACUUUGGGAAGGGGCACCUAAUUGUACUGCGAUUUGGUACUGGAUUCUCACACCCUCUCACACAGAAUGCAGUGAUGGGCUGCAGAAGUGAUGUUGAGACUAUGGCCAACCUCAUUAUUGGUUUCCUUGAACUGAACGAGUUACAGAUUGAUGAAGGCCUUGAAACGAGUAGUGGAACAGAUGUUAGUGAUGAAGAUCAAGCAAAGGACAAAUAGUUACAUGAACUCUUGAUAUGUGAAAACCAAAAAUUCUCUGAAUGGUGGAAAACUUGAAUCUGUUAUAUUCUUAAGUUCUAAAAACAACUUUUUAAUUGUUAACUUCCUGUGUAUAAUGUUAAGCACAGAGAUUUGCAACUAUCAGAAAGGAGUUUAAAAGUCUUCCAUAUUUUAAAGUGUCUAGACCAGGGGUGUUAAACUGGUGGCCUGUGGGCCAGAUGCAUCAAAUGCAGGCCACGCCCACCCCAGCUCCGUGAAUGGGAAAAACGUCACGUGAUGGCAAUGUGACGUUGGCGAGUUUGACACCCGUGGUCUAGAUCAAUGAACCUUUUAACUGAAAGAUUUUCAGAUGAAAAUACCAUUUGGACAUAAUUGGAUAAUUACCUAAUUCCUGAUAAGUCUUGAGCCUAUUUCUUUCCCCUUCUGCACUCCUUGUGAUUGUUUUAAAUUUCAAUAAAAUCCUCCAGCGAGAGUAUCAUGAGGCCACAGACUUCGAAUGUGGAAUGUGCUAUUUCUCAACAACUGCACUUCUGCAGGAGCAGCAAUAUAAAAAUAUAAGCUUUCGUUUUGGAGCAAAUCAGUUUAGCAAUACACCGAGAUUUGAGGCUGUUUUUCUUUUCUACACAAAAGGAAAAGAACAUUCAGAAAGCAACUCCAGAGAAGACCCACCUGCAAGUGAUUACCAGUUGACAAGCUAUAGACAUGUUACAUAGUGCAGAACCUCUUCUAAUUGUCUUAGCAAUUAAGGUGGUCUGUGAUUACCCAUGAAAUUUGUCCUGAUCCCAAGUUGUUUUAAACAAAACUUGACUCCUGCUUUUAGUUAAUUGGCAGUCUGUAAACCUGUGGUUACCACUCUGUAAUCAACGGUAGUUAGGUUCUCCCUAUCUAGAAAAGGACAUGAAUGGAAUUCCAACCAAAGGCCAUUCUCUAAGGCCCACAGAAGUGAUAUGAGUCUCUAAUGGUAAAUCAGUGACUAUAAUAAAUUCUAAAAGGCAGAGAGCUGAAAUUGAAUGUUUUGAAUGCAACUUUUCAAAAACGUAUCUUUGGCUUGAUCGUUUGCGAUACAUUAUUGUUAGCUUUUCCACAGGAACCACAUUUGAUAUUGUAUCCUUAAAAUUGAUAAGCACAAAGAAAGUUUGUAUGUGUGUGCACAUGCUUGUGCAUUUGUUUUCAACUCAUGAGUCACAUUAUUAUAUCCAUUUUUCUAAUAUUAGUUUGAUCGUGAUUAUAUUUAAUUCUCUGCUGGGACCAAUUACCAAUGUCUAUUAAAUGAAAUGCAGUUCAAAGGAAACAUCCAGUCUAAUAGAUAAUUCAGUGAUGGAGUUUUAUUUUAAAAAUGGGGAAAAUGGUAUGUGUAAGAUAUUCCUGUUUAGAGGAGUUUUUUAAAAAGAAAAAUAAUAAAUGUCAAAAAGGCUAAUCCAGUAUAUUUUAUUAAACUAGAAAGGUCUGUCAUUGGUUUCCAGAUAGAAAAAGUAAAUACCUCACAUUCUAGAAAUUCUCAAAAUAUAUUGUCUUGACAAUUCUUAUUUUAGUCGUUUUCUAAGUGUCUUAGAGUAGAACCUUGUUGAACGAAAUUGUCAAAAAGAUAUUUUUGUUCAGAUAUGUCGGGUUAUUUGAAAAGUGUUAAGAUGUUCAUUGGAAAGUGGAUGUGCUUUAUAAAGUGGUUUUUCAGUUGUAUAAUUUAAAAAAUAUUGCACUGUUUCAUACUCAGUAUUAAUAUUUCUUGUCAUGUAUUCAAAUACUCUAGUAUAUACAUUGUAAUGCUUCCUUUUUAAAACAACUUCUUGCUUUAAAAAAAAAUAACAAUGGUUUAGGAAACGUUAUAAAUUCCAUUCUAUAAAUACUUGUUUCCUGGUGAUAGGACAUUAGAAAUUAAAAGUUUUUUUUCUUGCACAAUUAAGCAAUAGAUUUGUAUCUACAAAUGUGCAUUUAAAAAAACAAUUCACUGAAAUUGAUACAAUAGAAAAAAAUAUCCAUCUAAAUGAGAUUAAAAUUAGAACAUUAAAAUAAGAAAUGAUUCUGUAUCAAACUGAAUCUAACACAGACUUGUGUCUUUGAGAUGGUCAGAGAAUGUGAGCUGUAUAAGGAAAUUUAGGCAUGAGGCUGUCACCGGUUCUGGUACAUGGAACCUAAUAUUCAUUGCUCAUCUCAACUCAUUACAGAUGGUUAUUUAGGGUCAAUAUUAAGAUAUUCUGCUGGAAGCAAUCUGAGAACAUCUUGGAAAUGUGAUUGAUAUCUCUGACUAGGAUAAGACAGGCACUCUUCUUUUAGAUAGUUCUGAAAAAAGUUGAAGUUCAACAUUUAUUUAUAAACAUUUGGGUUAUAAACUAAUCUCAGCCAG